UGCCAGUGCUAACCAGCCAGUUUGUUUCCACAGCCUAGGGAGCUGACUGAGGUCACUCUCCUCAGGCAGGAGCUGCUGAUAUGAGGGCCUUUCUGUGGUCACUCCUGUUGUUGCUUCAGGAAGCCAAAGGGUUUUCUGGAGAUGAGGAGGACCCUGAGGAAGUGGUUGCUGUCCUUCAAGAGUCUAUCACCCUCUCUCUGGAAAUACCAUCCGAUGAAGAAAUUAAGGACAUCAUCUGGUUCUCUCAAAAAAACCUUGCUGUUGUGAUGCCAGGCAAAGAGGGGCAACCAGCUGUCGUCAUGGUAAUGGAUCCUCGCUACCAGGGCAGAGUGAGCAUCCCUGAGUCCAGCUACUCCCUGCAUAUUAGUAAUCUGACCUGGGAGGACUCAGGGCGUUACAACGCCCAAGUCAACUUGAAGACGUCCCAGCUCGAUAUCACGAAGUCUUACUAUCUCCGUGUCUACCGGCGGCUGUCAAAGCCCCACAUCGCUGUGAACUCUAACAUCUCAGAGGAAGGUGUCUGUAAUAUAUCUCUGAUGUGCUCCAUAGAGAGAGCAGGCAUGGAUGUGACCUACAUCUGGCUUUCGUCACCAGACAGCACUAACACAUCCUAUGAAGGCUCUGUCCUCAGCACAUCCUGGAGGCCUGGUGACAAAGCUCCUUCCUAUACUUGCAGGGUCAGCAAUCCCGUCAGCCACAUCAGUUCCCGUCGCAUCUCUGUUGGGUCCUUCUGUGCAGAUCCUGAAUAUCCGGAGAAGCCUUCAAUGGUCUGCUUCCUGGUCAAGAGCUUCUUCCUUCUCUUACUCUUGGUAAUUCUAGCUGUGGGACUCUGCAUCUUCCAACCCCGGAAAAACUAUGAGAUGCCAAGGGUGAGGAAACUCAAAAGAGACCGAAUCAAACUGAGGAAGAAGGAGAAGUCUGGCCCUACUCCAGUCUGACUGGCUUUUGGGGUUCUCUUCUAAGCUUUGCUUCAGUCUCUAGGGAAAUUCUCUAGGGGACCGACUGGUGGGCAAGGGAACAUCUAAAAGGGCCAUGUUGUCUCAGAGACACCAUCUGGCAAUAAAGUCAAGUCCCUACCCCUGGUGGGCAGCUGUG